AUGAACCGCUUCGUAGACAUCUACAGCGGCUCGGGCGACCAGCUCGCGCAGCUCGGCGGCGACGGCAUCACAGCGGUACCUGCCGUGUCGGUCUUCCAUCGCAGCAAGAACUGGGUUGCGGCCGGUACGGCGAGUGGAAAGCUUUGUUUGUGGAUGUGA